CGUCUCCAACUCUCGAUGCUAGCUUGGCGCUUAAAGAGAGUCUUCAACCACACACCUUCUCAUCCCAGUCUCAUUCUCAGCCACGUUAUCCAUACAUCCAUCUGCACAGUAGGAGGAUACUCAUCGACUAACUAUUAAUCUUGCUCUCUAGACUCUAGCCUCAUCGAUCCACCGACCAUGGCGCGCCUGCUCCUCGUCCUCGUCCUAGCGGUGGCCGCUGCCGUCGCCCAACCGCUGCCCGCGUGCGCUUCUGUGGCUCCCUCGCCGUCAUCCUUGUACCGCUGCGGCUGGUGCUCGCGCCGCUCCACCGCCUCCAUCCUCCCUCCGGACGCCGGCGCCCUCACAGGCGCCGCGUGCGGAUACGGUGAUCCGGCGGAGCUCGCGGCCGACGGGGGAUUCCACAUUGCGGCCGUCGGUGCUGGAUUUUUCCGCGGCGGCCAGGCCUGCGGCGCCUGCUACCAGCUGAGGUGCAGGGACCGGAGCGCGUGCUCGGAAGGCGGCGUCAAGGUCAUCGUCGUUGCCGACGUGCCGAAGGUGAACAGAACAGCAGGCGUCGUCGGUGGCGGGAAGUUCCUGCUCAGCAAGGACGCCUUCGCCGCCUUGACUACUGCUGGUCACAGUGGCCAGCUUGCGAGCUUAGUGGACACGGCCGUCGACGUCGACUUCAGGAGGAUACCAUGCAUGUACAACAGCAAGAACCUAGCGGUGAGGGUGGAGGAGACGAGCAACAGGGACAAGGGCCACCUCGCCCUCUGCUUCCUCUACCAGGGCGGCCAGACCGACAUCGUCGCCGUCGAGGUCGCGCAGGCGGUUCUUCGUGCUGCCCAGAGCGCCGCCGCACCGUCGCCGAC